AUGCGCGGUGCCAGGCCUCAUCUGUGCACCUUUCCUGGCCCGGAGGAACCCCCUGUCAUCGACAUGGAACAAGCAACCCAGUCAUACUCAGGUUCUUUGAACAUUGUUAUUUUUCCAAAAAUUCAUCUAAGCAGCCAAAAACAUCACCCAGCCUGGCCAUCUAAACCAGUAGGGUUCAGGAAUCCGUCCAGCCUUACACCCCCGUUCUUCAAGAGCCCAGCCAGGCCUGACGCAGGGGGACUUCUAGGUGGUGGGGGAGGGCUGGACUGGAACCCAAGGCCCCUGACCCCCAGCCUAGAGCUCCUUCCCUCCCUGCCCCCGCCUAUGGGGUACCGAAGAGAGGGGUCACGAGGACUGAUCAACCCCCUACUGGUCCUUUCCUGGGAGUAUGGGCACAGCCUCAGAUCUCCCCAUCCUUUCUCCAAACAUUGGCUCUUCCUCUCCAGAGGUACUCUGGACACUCUUUCACUUUGCUGGGUGACCUUGGGCAAGCCCCUGCUCCUUUCUGAGCCUCCAUUUCCUCAUCUGUUAAAUGGAGGCCUUGUUUCCCACCCAGGCCAUUCUGGGGGCUGGAGGAAUGCUGUGUGCCAUCUCAGGGCUCCAUGACGGUGAGGCAGCACCCCUCCUCGGGCUCCAUGCUCAGCUUUCCUCCCUGGCCCCGCAGACUGCCCUGGGGUCAGGAGCACGUGGCAGGCAGGGCACCGUGAUGGAGUAGCAUGCCUUCAGGUUUGCUCCCUCCCAGACCUGCUGCAGGGAAAGUGGGCUUUGGAUGGGACCAGAGUCUAAGACAGUUCCAGGGAGGCUCUGAGACAUCUUGGGCCCCAGGGGCUGGGGCAACAGAGGCAGCUGGAGCUCCUGCCCCAUUCCUGGGCUUCAGAGAGAUUCCAGAAUGUCCCCCCAGCUGACUCUCAUUAUGUGACACAGCUUCAGAUCAUAAUGUAUUUGAAAGAUAUUGGUAAUGUUGUUGUUCUAACCACCUCUUCCCUUCACCUCUGUGAAUUAUCAUGAAGAGUCCUUUAAGAAUAUAGAAGACAAAGAAAGAUGCUAUUAAUGUUAUUUUGCCAAAAAUAUUUUUGUAGCAUAAUAUAUUAAUAAAAGACA